AGUUGCAAAUUGUCUUAGAAUAUAACGCUCUUCGUCAUGCUAAAAUUCAGCUCAACGGUGAACUACCACUUUAACUUACAUGGUUAGUAAUUCAAUUUUGCGCUGAUUAUUCCUAACGAUGCCCCAGCUAAUGGCUUAUUAAUAACCCAAAGUGCUUGGAGCCAGACAAAUAAUGUGCUUCUAGUGCUCAAUGUGAUCUCUAAUAAGGGCUAUGGCGCCCCACUUCUAUACAUUGUACAUUGGAAUAGAGAGGAGAUGGUAAAUGUGCUGUCGCUAGGGUUGCCACAUUUUCUGGAAAAAAAUUACCGGCCUUCCUAUGUAUUUAUCUUUUUACCCUAUUAAUAGCAUUGGGAUCAACUAGCAUUUUUGCCGGCCAAAUACCGGGCAGGUGGCAACCCUAGCUGUCGCCCAAAUUCAGGGGUUAGUCAAAAAAAAGGGGAACAUGUCUCUUCCCAUAAAUCCAUUGUGCCUGGCUCGCUGACAUUCAGAGCUGCACUCUACAGGUUACCCUCAUUAUAUGCCUGAGUCUGAGGCUCAUAAUCUUGUUUACUUAUUGACUGCAAUUGAGAUCAGCAGAGCACCAGCCGCCCCCAGUGACAGGCAGAUUCAUCCCCUUUUGUUUGGACUCCAAGUGACAGAGGCCAUUGAUUGGGGGCUGAUCUGGCUGCUGUCAGAAUGGCGACUCUUUAUAAGCAGGCAGUUUGGUGACUUGCUCACGUCCUUCUGCCUCUAAUGGGUUAGUAGCUUGUCAGCCUUUCCUCCCCUGGAGCCAUGACAGACGCACAACAUGUGAGGAUCUCCAGCAGCCACACAUUGCCUCCUCCUCGUCACAGCUGGAGCCUCAUGAUUCUGAGAGGAGACAAGACGAAUACUUAGGGCUGCAGGAGUCACUAUGCACUUAGUAGCACCCUGCAUGGUGGCAUCUCAUCUCAGGCCAUUGACAUUCAAAUAAUCAACACUAAUCAUUGGCUGCUUCCCAGUCUGACGAAGGACCUUACACCAUGGUGUCUUUAUGAGUCUCUGCUAACAUCUUGGGAGUCUGAGUAAUAAUGGGCUGUAUCCUAUCCAGCCUGGGAUGGCAGUGGAGAGACUCUCUUAACCAAAUAGACACCUCAUCUUCAUUGCCAACCCUCAACCUGUCUCCGCCGCAGCAACAACUACUUGUUGAGUCCUGGAGGCUGAUUCAGCAUGAUAUUGCCAAAGUCGGGGUCAUCAUAUUUGUCAGGUUAUUUGAGACUCACCCCGAGUGCAAAGAUGUGUUUUUUCUCUUCCGUGAUGUGGACGAUUUGCAGGGACUGAGGGACAACAAAGAUCUAAGGGCUCAUGGGCUGAGGGUCCUGUCAUUUGUGGAGAAGAGUGUUGCCCGGAUUGCAGAUUCUGCCCGACUAGAAGAGCUGGCCAUGGACCUUGGCAGAAGCCACUACAGAUACAAUGCUCCUCCCAGAUACUACCAGUACGUGGGAACUGAAUUUAUCUCUGCAGUCCGUCCCAUGUUACAAGACAAAUGGACACUGGAGGUGGAGGAGGCAUGGAAGGGCCUGUUCACCUACAUCUGCACCGUGAUGGAAAGAGGAUACCAGGAGGAAGAGAAGAGGCACAAUGAUGGAAGGAGCUUGAUAGAUGGGCUACAGGGGAGUAAAGGGUUAAUAUAGUGCAGUUCGCCAGCUAGCCCAUCAUAGCAGACAUCUGCAGCCCAACCAUGUACUUGUAAUACAGAUCUCCAUCAUGCCACGAAAUGAAAAGCCUGUAUAUACCCAACUGAUCUCUCCAGCUUUACUUGCACAAUUCAGAAUCACACACUGCUCAGACUUAGCGGGGGUUAUUUAUAAACACUGGGCAAAUUUGCACAUGGGCAGUAACCCAUGGCAACCAGAUUGCUUUCCGUGUUCAACCUACAGCUGGCUGAAAAAAAAGCUAAUCACAGAUUGUUUGCUAUGGGUUACUGCCCAGGUGCAUAUUUGCCCAGUGUUUAUAAAUCAGCCUAAUGUUCCUAUAGAUCUGCAUCCAUCAAAUAUGCAAUGGCGACAGACAAAACCUUUAUAACCCCGAACAGCUGAAUUGCCCCACCAGUGGCCAAAUGAUAAAGAAUGGAGCUAUGCUAGCCUCGAUAUACUUGCCCAUAACUCCGAUUUUACUCACAAAGGAACAGUUAUCAAAACAGAUGCUUAAAAGGAGAGACACAAAAAAAAUAUAAAAUAAAACCACCCUACCCACCCCAGCCUAGCUGCUACCCCGGGCAAAUGUCCCUAACUUUAUUUGCAGAUUCAGGGAUCGGAGUUCACGGCAGCCAUCUUCCGGGUCUUCAGUAAUCUGAGAACGAGACAGACGCCGGUCUCGUUCGGCACAUGCGCACCUGGAGCAAUUUCCCGGUUCACGGCAACUGCGCAUGCGCCGAAAUUGCCUGAAGACUGACGUGAACUCAGAUACCUGAAUCUGCACCGAGGGGUAAGUAAAAAGUUUUUUUUAAUAAGGGGUGUGUUUCUCCUUUAAUAUUCACCCCUUUGUAAGCAACUAGAUAAAGAGCUGUACAAUCUGCUAGGGAUGCACUUUAUCCACUAUUUUGGAUUCUGCAUAACCCCCGAAUCUUGUAAAAGAGUCGUCCGAACCCUAAUUUGCAUAUCAGCAAAGGGAUGUGGGGGCGGGAGAGAUUUAUUUAUUUAUUUAUUUUUUUACUUCCUUGUUUUGUGACAAAGUCAUGAUUUUAAGGUUCAGUUCGGCCAGAAACACGGACUCAUCCAAAUCCUGCUAAAAACAGGCUGAAUACCAAACAGAAUCCUGGAUUUGGUGCAUCCCUAAAUUCUGCUCCUGGCUUGAACUUUCUCGGACAUCUACAAUGCCAGAAGACAUGAAAAAAAAAAAUUCUCCAUCAGAACAGCAGUCUAUAAUAAUUGAACUGAAAAUUGAAGCGAUUAGGUUUUUUCCAAAGUACCGCCCCGCCCAUACUGAAUAUGCCAUUGUGUUUGCUGUGCCAGUGAUAUUAGCCAGACAACAGAAAUCUCUUUAGUGGUUGGUGGGUGACUUCUGGCUUUGUGUUGAGUCCUAUUAAAUAAACCUUUUCCACUA